ACAGGUUGUUGUGUAUCGUAAUCUUUUCAUUUUCUGCCGUCAUGUGAACGAUUCAACAGCUUGGCAAAAUAUUUGGAAGAAAUGACAUUUUAGCCUGAGGAAAUGCCGACGUUAGAAGAGAUAAGUGAAACAUGCCUUGCGGUUUGCCAAGUUCCAAUCGGCGUAUCAGAACUUUCCAUACGCAGUUUUGUUGAAAGUCAUUUUCAAUAUGGGCGAAUAGUGGACACAGACAAAGUCGACGGAAUCGAAAGUAGCAGAAAUUUGACGAGAUUUGUGCUAUUAUGUUCCUCAGCAACAGAUGUAGAUCAUAUGUGUAAAGAGGUGAAAGAAGAAAAAAUACAAAUAGAAGACAAAUAUUUCAUGGUGAAAUAUCAGAAAGCAAUAGCUUGUGAACUUCCAGACAGAUGGAAAGAUUUUGAGAUACCAGAGCCAGAUAACAGUCAGCCUCAGUCCUCUGCUGAUUCAACACGGGAACCGGAGUCACAUGUAGGACCAGAGCUACCACCCAGGAGACCAGAACAACAAACACCACCAGGAAGAGACCAACAUCAAAUACCACCACAUGCAUGGCCUCAAGGACCCUAUGGUGCUGUGUCAGGAUUUUAUCACAACAUACCGAUGAAUCCUCAGGGAGAUGCAGAUCACAGACAAGGAGCUGAUGAUUUACAAAUGAACCAAGGCGAUAUGCAUCAGCAAGUGCAUUUGUUAGCAAAUGCACAGGGUCAGCCUCCCAUGCAAGCACAUGAACACCAGCAAGGUCAUCCUCCAGGCUUGGGUCCGCAAUUUGGUCCACAGCAAAAUUUUCGGUUUAGCCCUGGUGGUCAAGGACAGUUUCCACCAGGUUUUCCUAUGUUUGCAAUGCCCCCAACUUUUCAGUCUGACCAACAAAAUGCUCCAAGAGGACAAAAUAUGCAAUUUAGACCUCGAAUGCCUAUGCCUAUGCCAUUUCUGGUUUAUGAUCCUCAAAGUGGUCCGAUGAUCCCAUAUCCUAGACCAGGAUUUCCUGGCAUGCCACCCCAACAAGCUCAAGGGGGAGGUGGACCUGGGAGACCUCCACCCCAACAGCCUUCAGGACCACCUCCACAUUACAAUGAUGGUAAUUUCAGAGGUCAAGGUCAGUCUUCUGAAGUCAAGUCAUCAAUAGACAGACCUGAUUAUGGUGCAGCCAGGCAGAAUCAAGUCAUUGCAGAUCAAGAUGAAGAAAUGCAAAAAUUGCAGGCAAAAUUAGAGAGAGAAAACCAACCAGAAACGGUGGAAAAUCAAGAACUUGGGCUACAGCAUGGAACAAUGAAUGAAGAACCAGUAGAUAGAACAGAGGAACCAGAGAUGCCAGUUACGGAAGAGAAGCAAACAAAAAUAGUGGUCAGCAACCUGCCUUCAAGUGCUCAUGACGAAUAUUUGGAAAUGUUCUUCGAGAACAAAAAGAAAUAUGGAGGUGGUACCGUAUUCAAUGUUGAUAUUGAUGAAGAGAAUGCUACUGCUAUUGUAGAGUUUGAGGAACCAGAAGCUGUCGAUAUUGUCUUAAAAAAGUGUCCAGUAAAGAUGAUGGGACAAGAAGUUGAAGUGACAGUAUACAAGCCAGAGCCUCCUCUUCCCCGGUGUACUAUCAAAGUGACUGGUCCACGCAGUAUCGUGUGUGAGGAACAGCUUGAGACAUUGGAAAUGUACUUUGACAAUUAUAGGCGGUCCGGUGGUGGUGGAGUAGUUGGUUGCAUAUUUGAUGAAGAAAAUAAUAUGGUCCUUGUAACAUUUGAGAAUGAAGAAGUUGCACAAAGGGUUGAGGAAAGAGAGAGUCAUGUUGUAAGGAAAGAAAAACUCACUGUUGAACUUCAUGUUCCAACCAAACUGUCCAAAAAGUCAGACAAAGUGAAAGAAGAAGAUAAAGAAGAUAAACCUGAACCACCAAAAACAAUCAAAGUGAAAGGUGUUGACAAAUCUGUAUCUAGAGAUACAGUUGAAUUUUACUUUGAGAAUUCAAGACGAUCUGGAGGUGGCGAUAUUGAGGACAUCAAAAGUGAUGAAGAAGAUGAGGAUGUUAUAUAUAUUACAUUUAAGAACCCAAAAGAUGCAGAAAGCAUAGUCAAUAAAGGCUCCCACCAUGUUGAAGGCAAAGAGUUGAGUGUUUCUCUGUAUAUACCUCCUAUACCACCACCAUCUUAUGACAACAAGAUUCUGAUUAAAGGAUUAAAACCAUCGACAACACAAGACUGUUUGUUCAACUUCAUAGAGGCAAAAACAGGAUUUAUACCAGAUACCAUGGACUAUCAUGCAGAACAAGAAGAUGUUGUCAUGAUUACCUUUAAUGAUAUUCCAGAUUUCCAGAAACUGGAGGACGUAUUCAGAAAACUUAAAUUGGAAGAAGCUACAUUGAAGGUGUACCCUGUUCCAAUAUCUAGCUGUAUAAUUGUUGCUAAUGUGGCGUCUGAAGUAACCAAGGACACUGUCGAGUUUUACUUUGAAAACACUCGAAAAAGUGGUGGUGGACAAGUUGAGAAGGUGGUGAUGAAUGAAGAUGACACAUGCAUUGUAUACUUUGCAGAUUAUACAAUUAUUGAAAACGUUUUACAAAGGAAACACAAAUUAGGUGGACAAAAGUUAGACGUGAAACGAUACCAGGAAUGCCUCGGCAGACCGGAAGGAGAAAUAGCUGAAAGAACCUUACGUGUACCAGAAGACUUAGUUCUAAAGAAUGUGGACCCCCAAAAAAUAAAAUUCAUGAAACAUUCCAACGUGAAUCGCUCAGCUUUAGAAACACAGCUAGACACUUUUUACACAAAGAUAUGUUGGCCUGAUGAAACUGGACAUGUUGUAUUGACAUGUAUGUUAACAAAAGAAGUGAAGGACUGUUUCAGGUUGGUUAAGCAGUGGAAGGAGACAGCAGAGCAGAACUUUCAAGACUUCAUGAAGAACAUUAUAGUUAACAAAGUGCCAGUGCUACAGGAUAUUUGGUCUAAAGUAAUGGAAGAACUGCAAACUGUCACAAUAGAUAAUCCGGAAGCUGUUGCUAUAUUCGUAGAUAAAAAUGAGAGCAUUAUAACAGCUGUAGGGAACAAACAUGUCACUGAAAAUCUUUCAAAGAGGAUUGAUGACAUCACAAAAAAAGUUAUGGCAGAAGUAGAGAAGGAACGUGAAAAAAUUAAAGAAGUUUACACAGCAUUGAAAUUAAUUGAAACAAGAAUGCUUUUAGCUGACAAAUUUCCCACAGAAAUGGAGAAACUCUUCCCUGACCUAAAGGUGAAAAUAAACCAAAACAAAAACGAGAUUGUUUUUGAAGGGCCAUUAGGGCAGGUACGUGAUGCAAAGUUGAAGAUGUAUGAAAUGAAAAGCAGAUUUGCAACUGCUAGUAUAGACAAAAUAUCCGAUCCAGCAGCCGGGUUGUUCCUAUUGAAACAGACAAAAGAACAUAUAGUUAGAAAAUUAAAAACUAGUCAUCUCACAGCAGUGUGGGAUAUCAUAGAUGGAAGCUUGGUUGUAUACAGCACAUCUGAUGAACAAAUUCAAGAUUGUUUGAGUGUAAUACGUGGGUCAGUCAUUGAAAACACUAUUGCUCUUAAAAAAGCUUCCAAAACAGUGGUGAACUCAGAAAGUUGGCAAACUAAAGUUGAUGAAUUACAUGCUCACCAUACUGGAAAAAGUUACAUAAAAGUACCAGAGGAUGCUAGUAAAGUUCAGAUUUGUGCUACAGAUGAUAUAUCAAAUGAAAUAGUAGAUAGUGUGAAAAAGUUCCUUCGUUUGAACACUGUGACAGAAGUAAAAGUCACAUGUACCAAGAAUGUCCAUCGUCUGAUUGAAAGGCAUCAUAAAAGCGAACUUCAAAAUAUUGCAAAAAGUUUAAAGCACAGUCAUGUACAGAUAGUGUCAAUACCAGGAUAUGGAGGAUUUGAAGUCCAUGGAACAGAAGAUGGUAUCCAAGAAGCAAGAUCAAAUCUGUUGGCAUUAUUAAAAAGAGUACAACAGCGUGAACAUAUCUUGAACAAACCUGGGUUAGCUGAGCACAUGCAAACCCCGAAAGGAAAAGACAACCUUAAUACAAUAGAAAGUACACUGGCAUGCGUGGUGUCUGUGAAGGGUGAUGAUUAUGCUGAAGAAAUUAUUGAUGAUCCCUAUGAUACAAUUCCAGCAGACAGUGAAGUGAAUGAAAAUAUUGGAAUUAAGGGACUGAAAAUCAUUGGUUAUUGUAAGGCAUAUGAUUGUAGGAAUAUAUAUACAGCAGAAGGUGACAUGACAGAACUGACUGUUGGUAUGAUUGUAAACUCAGCUGAUGACAAACUCAGUUUAACUGGAGGACUUGGAAAAGCUCUUGUUCAAAAAGGUGGCAAAGAAAUACAGAAAGAAUGUAGUGACUACAUUAAAGAUGAAGUCAGACUUGAUGACGGUGAUGCAUUUGUUAGUACUGCAGGAAAAUUAAAGGCAGAUUUUAUCGUACAUGUAAGAGGACCAGUUUGGAGGGGAGGCAUGAUGAAGGAAGAUGAGAUGUUGGCAGAAGCUGUCUUUAAGUGUCUCCAGCAAGCUUCUGCAAGAAAUCUCACAUCAGUUGCUAUGCCAGCUAUAAGUUGUGGCACAUACGGAUACCCUGUGCGAAAAGCCACCUUGACAAUAGUGGAAGCUGUGAAAAACUACUUCCGUGAAGUGCAGGACAGCACAGUGACAGAUAUAUACUUAUGUGAUAUGAAGUUAAAUACAGUUGAAGCAUUCAACGCCGCACUAAGCGAUGAAUUUGGUGCAACAAAUUUCCAGAAAUAUGUUCUUAAGCAGAAUAAAAGACCAAGCCCAGCCACGAGAAAGUCUGCUUCAUAUGAUGAUGACUAUGACGAUAAUCCUUACGAUAUACGACCAAUGGACUCUGACGAGGAGGAAGAUGACGACUACUACUCUAGCUCUAGUGCCGUGGCCCUUCCUAGAGGAAGACAACCGCCUCCUUUACCAAAGGGUAGACCUAUCAAGCGAAGUGACAGCGGUGCAAGUAUAGGAAAUAUUGCUGUUUCUGUUGUGAAAGGGGAAAUUGCUCGACAAAAAGUUGAUGUGAUGGUUAACACUACUGCUAAAAAUCUUGACUUAAAGAAUGGAGCUGUUUCAGCCUCGCUAUUGAAAACAGGCGGAAUAGAACUUCAGCAAGAAGUAUCAGGCAAAUAUCCAAAUGGUAUAAAAGAUGGUGAGAUAGCAAUAACAUCUGGGCAGAAACUGAAGUGUGAUGUUGUUAUCCAUAGUUCAAUGACAAAUUGGGAUGGAAGCAAAGAUACAUUAUGUAAACAGGCUUUACAAAAGUUAGUGAAAGACUGUAUGAAGGAAGCAGAGAAACAAAACAAGACUAGUAUAGCAUUUCCUGCUAUAGGCACUGGUAACCUUGGAUUUCCCCGCGACAUCGUAGCAAGCGAAAUGCUUACAGCUGUAUCCAAAUUUGCAGAAAGUAACCCAGUGUCUAGUGUCAAAGAUGUUAGAUUUAUCGUGUAUCAGAAGGAUUUUCAAACAAUUCAGGCAUUUGAAGCUGAAAUUGAAAGAUGGGCUUCUGGGAAACGUGGUGGGAGACAGACACGGAAAUUUAACGUAUAUGAAGACUUACGGCAAGGAAGGGGAGAAGAUGAUGACUCUGACUCGGAAACACAGUUCGACAAAUCUGAACACAUGGUGCAGCAAAAGUUGAUCAGAAAAGAAAAAGUCAGAGAAGCAAACUAUGUCUCACCAUUCAAAGGUUUGCAACGUAUACAUGAUCCAAAAUAUUGGUUGGAAGAUGAUGAUAUUGAUAGGGCUAGUAGGAUCAUUAAAAAUACUAACUCGGAUAUAAGUGGGUUAGAGGAUGUUUGUGUUACAACGGUAGGACAGGCUACGAAGUGUACAGGAGAAUUUCUACAGAUCCUACAUUCUCAUGGACAUCAUUGGGUCACGGCAACAACAAUUGGGUGUGACCCUGGUGUAAUUAAAGUGUUUGACAGCAUGUAUCGUCAUUUUGACAGCUUUUGUCUGAAACAAAUAAUCAGAAUGUCACCAGUAGAUGAAUCAACAGCUAUUACUGUUGAAUUAGCGCAAUUCCAAAAGCAGAAAAACAAAGCUGACUGUGGGCUUUUUGCUAUUGCCGCUGCAUUUAGUCUUGCAGGUAGGCAAGAUCCAUCUGGAGAUCGCUAUGAUUUGAAACAAAUGCGAAACCAUUUGUACGGUUGUUUGUCACAGAAGGCUUUAUUGCCGUUUCCUGAAUUUCCUGGCGAUGUAACUUCACAGCGUAGGAAAGUGUAUAUGGUAGCUAUUUGCUGUCAGUGUAAAGAUUUACUUAAUCUCGCUACAAACCAAACUGUGAUACAAUGUGAGGUUUGUAGAAACUAUUGUCAUUCUCCUAGGGAAAAUAACUUUAAUACUUGCUCUUUAAGUCUUGAUGACAUGAAAUUAUGUAGGACGUGUCAUAAUCAGCUAAAUUAUUGAAACAUAUAUUGAGAAUGUUUUUGAAAGCAUAUUGUUGUCUUAACUGUAUCAUGUUCACGAAUAUAAUUAUUGUGGCAUAUGAUUUAGGCGGAAUAUUGUUGAUAGUGAUAUAAAUUGUUAAGAAUAAUAUUUACUUGUUUAUUCCUAUGUUCUCUUUGACUUUUAUCGAAGCAAAUAUUUAUAGAAAGAGUCUUUUUAUGCAGACAUAUUUUAUCCAGAAUCAGUUUUGAUUUUAAGAAGGAACCAGUUGAUUUUCUAUAAGUUUACCUAAUCCAUUCUACUUGUAGUUUUUAUUAUUUUUUUCACUUUAAACAACCUCAGAGACAGUAAUCUUUUGUAUAUUGUUGGAGAGAACAAAGAGUGUACUUGAACUGUGAAAUUGAAACUGUUUUAAAUUCAGUGAUGCGUAGUAUCUUCUGUAAAAGUAAAGAAGCGUAUGUACUAAGUUUACUAAUGAAUUAUGCCUUCUUUGUACUCUAGUCUGUAAGAACACGGAAAACGUUUUUCUGUUUCCCCGUAUGUGGUGUAGAUGAUUUGUGCUGUCUGUCAGUCUGUAUGUCAGCCAGUCUGUUUGUCUGUCUCUAUUUUACACGAACAUUAAACUACCAAAAUUUCUGUUGGGACUUCAACCAAACUUUGUAAAAAAGGGUUUAGUACCAAGGUUAGUUAUGUCUCCCCCUGUCCGUCCGUCCGUCACACUACAUUUCCGAUCAAUAACUGGAGAACCAUUUGACCUAGAACCUUCAAACUUCAUAGGGUGGCAGGGCUUUUGGAGUAGACGACCCCAAUUGUUUUUGGGAUUACUCCAUCAAAGGUCAAGGUCACAGGGGCCUGAACAUGGAAAACCAUUUCCGAUCAAUAAUUUGAGAACCACUUGACCCAGAAUGUUGAAACUUCAUAGGAUGAUUGGUCAUGCAGAGUAGAUUGCCCCUAUUGAUUUUUGGUUCACUCUAAUAAUAAAGGUCAAGAUCACAGGGGCCUUAACAUGGAAAACCAUUUCUGAUCAAUAACUUGAGAACCACUUGACCCAGAAAGUUAAAACCUUACAGGAUGAUUAGUCAUGCAGAGUAGAUGACCCCUAUUGAUUUAGGGGUCACUCUAUUAAAGGUCAAGGUCACAGGGGCCUUAACAUGGAAAACCAUUUCUGAUCAAUUACUUGAGAACCACUUGACCCAGAAUGUUAAAACCUUACAGGAUGAUUGGUCAUGCAGAGUAGAUGAGCCCUAUUGAUUUGGGGGUCACUCUAACAAAGGUCAAGGUCGCAGGGGCCUGAACAUGGAAAGCCAUUUCCGAUCAACAACGUGAGAACCACUUGACCUAGAAUGUUGAAACUUCAUAGGAUGAUUGGACAUGCAGAGUAGAUGAUCCCUUUAGAUUUUGGGGUCACUCUUACAAAGGUCAAGGUCACAGGGGCCUGAACGUGGAAAAAACAUUUCUGGUCAGUAACUUGAGAACCACUUGACCCAGAAUGUUGAAUCUUCAUAGGAUGAUUGGACAUGCAGAGUAGAUGACCCAUAUUGAUUUUGGGAUCAUUCUUUUUAAGGCCAAGGUCGCAGCUAACAACACUGAAAUCAAUUUCCGGUCAGUAACUUGAAAACCACUUGAUCCAGAAUUGUGAAACUUCAUAGGAUGAUUGGUCAUGCAGAGUAGAUGAUCCCUAUGGUUUUUUGGGUCAAUCGAUGAAAGGUCAAGGUCACAGCGGCCAGAACAUGGAAAUCCAUUUCCAGUCAAUAACGUGAGAACCAUUUGACCUACAACCUUCAAACUUCAUAGGGUGAUAGGACUUACAGAGUAGAUGACCGCUAUUGUUUUUGGGGUCACUUCAAAGGUCAAGGUCACAGGGACCUGAACAUGGAAAACCAUUUCAUGUCAAUAACUUGAGAACCACUUGACCCAGAAUGUUGAAACUUCAUAGGAUGAUUGGUCAUGCAGAGUAGAUUCCUAUCAGUAACUUGAGAACCACUUGAUCCAAAAUGCUGAAACUUAAUAUGAUGAUUGGACAUGCAGAGUAGAUGACCUCUACUGAUUUUGGGGUCACUCGAUCAAAGGUCAAGGUCACAGGGCCUGAACAUAGAAAACCAUUUCCAAUUCAUAACUUUAGAAUCACUAGGCCCAGAAUGUUGAAACUUAGUCGGAUGAUUGGACAUGCCAAGUAGAUGAUGCCUAUUGCAGCCAACCACCAGUGUCUCUUUUACUUGUUCUCCUGUCCCCUACUGACUACUUGCCUAUACGACUAUGCAUUGGGGGAGACAUGCGCUUUUCUACAAAAGCAUCUUCUAGUUUUACAUAUCUUUGGCAUAAUUUGGUUUAGUUAUUGAUUUUUGGUUGAAUGUGGUUUUCCACUUUUUAGCUCACCUGAGCACGAAGUGCUCAAAGGUGAGUUUUUGUGAUCGCCCUGUGUCCGUCGUCGUCCGUUCGUCCGUCAGUCGUCCGUCGUCGUCAACAAUUUGACUGUUAACACUCUAGAGGUCACAAUAUUGGCCCAAUCCUAAUGAAACUUGGUCAGAGUGUUACUCGCAAUGAAAUCUUAGAUGAGUUCGAUAUUGGGUCAUCUGGGGUCAAAAAAAAGGUCACCAGGUCAAAUCGAAGGAAAAGCUUGUUAACACUCUAGAUGUCACAAUUUUGCCUCAAUCUUAAUGAAACUUGGUCAGAAUGUUACCCUCAAUAAAGUCUUGGACGAGUUUGAUAUUGGGUCAUCUGGGAUCAAAAACUAGGUCAACAGGCCAAAUCAAAGGAAAAACUUGUUAACACUGUAGAGGCCACAUUUAUGACUGUAUCUUCAUGAAACUUGGUCAGAAUGUUAUUCUUGAUGAUCUCAAGGUUUACUUUGAAUUAGGAUCAUGUAGGAUUAAAAACUAGGUCACCAGGUCAAAUCAAAGGAAAACCUAGUUUUCACUGUAGAGUCCACAUUUAUGACUGUAUCUUCAUGAAACUUGGUCAGAAUGUUAAUCUUGCUGAUCUAUAGGUCACAUUUAAAUCUGGGUCAGGUGGGCGUCAAAAACUAGGUCACUAGGACAAAUUAAAGGAAAAGCUUGUUUACAGUCUAGAGGUCCCAAUUUUGGCCCAAUCUUAAUGAAACUUGGUGAGAAUGUUACCCUCAAAACAAUUUUGGACGAGUUUGAUAUUUUUUGAUCUGGGAUCAAAAACUAUGUCACCAGGUCAAAUCAAAGGGAAAGCUGUUAACACUGUAGAGGCCACAUUUAUGACUGUAUCUUCAUGAAACUUAAUCAGAGUGUUAAUCUUGAUGAUCUUUAGGUCAAGUUCGUAUCUGGGUCAUGUGGGGUCAAAAACUAGGUCACCAGGUCAAAUCAAAGGAAAAGUUAGUUAACACUUUAGAGGCCACAUUUAUGACCAUGUCUUAAUGAAACUUGGUCAGAAUGUUAAUCUUGAUGAUCUUUAGGUCAAUAGAUCAGGUGAGCGAUACAGGGCCUUCAUGGUCCUCUUGUUCUAUUUCCUUAAAGGUCAUUUUUGAUGAAAGUUUUUCUAGACAACUCCUAUACUACCGAUUUGAUUUCAAUGAAACUUUAUAGUACUAAGCUUAGUUACGCAUAUUUUACAGGGUUUUGGUUGAUUGGUUGUUGUGGACUUGAAUAGGAAAAGCUAAAUUUCACUGCUUACAAUCUACGUAGUGACAGGGUGAGCUUUUGUGAUCGCUCUUCGUCCGUCCGUCCACAAUUUCCUUGGGAACACGAUAGAGACCACAUUUUAUAUUUGAUUAUUAUCAAACUUGCACAAAACUUGUAUGUGGGCAUAAUAUCUUGGUUCCUUUCGAAAACUGGCCAGAUCCCUUCAUAGGUUCCAGAGUAAUGGCCCCUUGAAGUGUCAAAAUGUGCAAUGUUUGCCUUGUGAACACGAUAGAGACCACAUUUUGCGCUCAACUUUAAUAAAUCUUGCACACAAUUUGUAUUGGCAUAAUAUGUCGGUUCCUUCGAAAAUUGGCCAGAUCCCAUCUUGAGUGCCAAAGUUAUGGCCCCUUAAAUAGCCAGAAUUUGCUAUUUUUGGAUUGUGGACACGAGAGAGACCACAUUUUGCAAUCAACUUUAAUCAAACUUGCACACAACUUAUAUUGGCAUAAUAUCUCAGUUCGUUUCGAAAAUUGGCCAGAUCUCAUCAUAGAUUCCAGAGUAUUAGCCGCUUAAAGGGCGAAAAUUUACUAUUUUUGGCUUGUGGACACAAUAGACAGCAUUUUGCAAUUGACUAUGAUCGAACUUGCACAUAACUUGUAUUGGCAUAAUAUCUGGGUUCCUUUCGAAAACUGGCCAGAUCCACUCAUGGGUUCCAGAGUUAUGGACCCUUAAAGGGCCAAAUUUGCUAUUUUGGCUUGUGCAGCCAUAUAGAGACUUCAUUUACGGUUUGAUUUGAUACAAACUUGCAAAAUAUUUUCAGCAUGAAUAAAUCUUGGAUUCCAUGAUGAAUCUGUCAGAUCCAAUCAUAGGUUCCGGAGUUACGACCUCUGAUUGACCCCUGAAAAAGCCAAAAUUUUGUAACUUUUACUUUGUGAACACGAUAGAAGUGACAUUUUAUAUUUGAUUUUAACCACACUUACACACAACUUAAGUCACAAUAAGAUCUCGGUUCCCGUCGAAAACUGGUUAGAUUUCAUCAUGGAUUUUAGAGUAACUGCCCCUGAAAGUGGCAAAAUUUCUAUUUUGGCCCUUUAAGCCAUAUAGAGGUUUCAUUUAUGCUUUGAUUUGAUACAAACUUGCACAGAAUGAUUAUCUUGAUGGUCUCUAGGCCUGGGUCGAAACUGGGUCAUGUCGGGUCAAAAACUAGGUCAUUAGGUCAGAUCAAAGGAAAAGCUAGUUAACAACCUAGAGGCCACAUUUAUGACACUAUCUUCAUGAAACUUGGUCGGAAUGUUUAACUUGAUGAUUUCUAGCCCAAUUUCGAAACUGAGUCAUAUGGGGUCAGAAACUAGGUCAUAAGAUCAAAGGAAAAGCUUGUUAACACUCUUGUUCAUUUGAUGUGCAUGAAACUUGGUCAGAAUGUUUGUUUGCAUGAAAUAUCGUACGAAUUUUUAUUUGGGUUAUAUGGGGUCAAAAACUAUGUCACCAGGUCAAAUCAAAGAAUAAGCUUGUUUACACUCUAGGUGGAACAUUUUUGAUUCAGUCUUUAUUAAAUUUGGUCAGAAUGUUUGUUAUCAUGAAGUCUUGGAUGAUUUCAGAUUUGGGUCACGUGGGGUCAAAAACUAGGUCACUAGAUCAAAUCAUAGGAAAAGCUUGUAUACACUCUAGAGGCCACGUUUUUGCUCCAAUUUUCCCGAAGCUUUUGCAGAAUGUUUGUUUUCAUUAAAUUUUGGACAACUUCGAAUCUGGGUCAUGGGGGAUAAAAAAACUAGGUCACUAGGUCAAAUCAAAGAAAAUGCUUGUUUACACUCAGGAGGCCACGUUUUUUGGUCCAAUCUUAAUGAAAAUUGGUCAGAAUAUUUGUCUCCAUGAAAUCACUAGGUAAAACAUGUUUACACUGUUACGGUGUGUUACACAGGUGAGCGACUUAGGGCAAUCUUGGCCCUCUAUUUCACUAUGUUUAUGCGUGAGAACCUUCAUUUCGUAACAAGUUAUACAAUAUUCUAUUUACUUUUUAUGGCUUCCCUUUCUUUUUCCCCAAGAAAUUAAUUGUACUGUUUAAUGUUUAUGUUUGUCCUUCUACCAGCACAUCUUUGUGUUACACCAAUUUGGAAAAAUUAAAUUUAGGCCGAGUUUGAAAAUGGGUCAUCUGGGGUCAAAAAGUAGGUCAAUUGAUCUUCCUGAAAUUAAGUCAGAAUGAUAGCCUUUAUGACAUCUAAAUAGAAUUUUAAUAUGGGUCAUCUGGGGUCAAAAAGUAGGUCACUAGGUAAAAUCAAAGAAAAACCUUGUGUAUGCGAUAGAGGCUGUAUUUUUCAACUGAUCUUCAUGAACUUUUUUUCAGAAUUAUAGCCUUGAUUAAAUCUAGGUCAAAUUCGAAAAUGGGUCAUCUGGGUUCAAACACUAGGUCACUAGGUCAAACCAAGGAAAAACCUUGUGUAUGCAAUAGGGGCUGCAUUUUACACUGGAUUUUCAUAAAAUUUGGUGAAAAUGGUUGCCUUGAUGAAAUCAAGGCAUACGAAUAUGGGUAGUCUGGAGUCAAAACAAGGUCACUAAGUCAAAUCAAAGAAAAACAUUGUGUAUGCGAUAGAGGCUGUAUUUUACAAUUGAUCUUCAUAAAAUUUGGUCAGAAUGAUAGCCUUGAUGAAAUCCAGGUCAAGUUUGAAUAUUGGUCAUCUGGGGUCAAAAAGUAGAUCAAAUAAAAAAAUACUUGUUUAUACUUUAGAGUUUUGCUCCAAUUUUAAUGAUAAUUGGUCAGAAUAUUUUUUCCAUGAAAUCACUAGGUCAAACUUGUUUACACUGGUGAGUUAUGGUGUGUUUUUCAGGUGAGCGACCUAGGGCCAUCUUGGCCCUCUUGUUUUAUUUCCUACCACGCGGAGAGAAAGACAAGGUUAUCCGAGAAAGAGAUCACCUUAUCUUUUCCUGUGUGCAUAUUGACGUCAAAAUUUGACGUCCUAUUAUGACAUCAUGGUGUAAGAGCGAGUUUUAAUUGAUAAUAUCUUUGAAAAUAUUGCAGAUAUAUCAACGGUAGGUAAGAAAAAUGAUAUGACAUGUCUGCAUGUGUAAGGCAGGCGUUUUCCCAACUUAUCAGUCGAAGUUACGGAAAGCAUGAAUGACUAAGAUCCGUAUAAUCUUGCCAUUUAAAUGAAGCUGUGCUGGGAGAUAUGCGUGUUUUCAGUUGAAGUAAAGAUCAGUAGCUAACAUUGGUGUACUAUGCACACUUUUCUUUGCAGUACACUGCUUCCGUGUUCAGGCUAUUCAUAUUUUUGUACGUUAUGUGUUCAGGCUUCAAUGAACAUGUUUAGUGGUGAAAACACUUUAAGGAGGCAUAAAUGAUAUUUUGCUUCAUGUUGUUAACCAAUCAGGUUAAGUAUUAAAUGUCAUGUAACGCUAAAUGCCAUGUAAUGCUUGCCCCAUGUGGUUCUGGGACGGUCUGUUUAUGAAAAGAAUGGGAACCACUGCCUUACCAUUGCAUGAUCGUAAGAGGCGACUAAUAGGGUCUUAACACUUGGUUUUGCAGUAACUCUGUGAUUCCAGCAGGUAUGCAAAUUUUGAUUCCAUACCUCAUGUUUUUAUUUCGAUGUAAAUGAGAUGUCGAACCAAAAUUUGUAGUCCUGUUUGGCGCCAUAUCACCUAUGCUGUGUUAGUGCGCCGUAAAACCCAAAUAAAUAAAUAAAUAAAUCAUGUAAUGCUUUACUUGAAUAGUUUAGAUGUGGAAAGUACAAUAUGCAGAUUAGGUUGUUUUUAUCAGUUACAAAUGUUUGUUACCUUUUAGCUCACCUGAGCCAAAGGCUUAUGGUGAGCAUUUUAUGACCGCUCAAUGUCAGUCGUGUGUCGUGCGUCCGUCAACCUUUUAUAAAAAAGUCUUCUUCUUGAAACCACUGGGCAGAAUUACCCCAAACUUCACAGGAAUGAUCCUUGGGUGGCUCCCUUUCAAAAUUGUUCAAAGAAUUUAAUUCCAUGCAGAACUCUGAAAAACAUUAAAAAUCUUCUUGUCCAAAACCGCAAGGCGUAGAGCCUUGAUAUUUGGCAUGUGACAUCAUCUUAUGGUCCUCCAUUAAGAUUGUUCAAAUUGUGCCCCUGGGGUGGGCGUCACAAGUUUUACAUAGACUUACAUAGGAAAAAUCUUCUUGUCUAAAACCACAAGACCUAGGUCUUUGAUAUUUUGUAGGUAGCAUUGCCUUGUGUUCCUCUACCAAAAGUAUUCAUAUUAUGCCCCUGAGGUGAAAAGAGGUUCUGCCCCCGGGGUGGGGAGGGUCUCAAGAUUUACAUAGACUUAUAUAGAAAAAAAACUGUAAAAAUAUUCUUGCCCGAAACUGCAGUGCCUAGGCUUUUGGUAUUUGGUAUGUUGCGUUUCCUAGUGUUUCUCUAUCAAAAUUGUUCAAAUUAUGUCCCUGGGGUGAAAAGAGGCCCCGCCCUGGGGAUCAUUUGUUAUAAUGAGUUAUAACAGGAAACAAUACUUCAAAACUUAUCAGAUAAUAUUUCCUAGAAUGUUUAAUUAUAAUUACCUGAUGACCCCAAGCGAUUAGGGAUCACUCGACUGUGACCUUGACCUACUGACCUACUUCCUUGUUUUUUAAGAUACAGCCUUGCAAUUUGGAUGACAUGUACAGUUUUGCACACCGAUCUUAAAACUGACUUUCAGUUACCAUGAAUGUAACUUACUGACCUACCUUCUUAAUAUUUUAGCAUCAGUUUGCCAUUUGAAACAUGUGGCUCAUAUUACUCAGGUGAGCGAUUAAUUUUUGAAGCGUAGUUUGUUUUACAAUUAUCUCUUUUUCAUGUUUGGUAUAUUUAGGCUCAUUGAUAAAAGAUAUGAACUAAAUACAA